CGGUGUGGGAGUAUUACCACCAGCCCGGCAGAGACGAGGUGGAGGGCGAUACCUGCUGUUGUGGUAACCGGAAUAAUAUCUCACUAGAUCCCAAAACUACUUUACAGCUUUAGUACCUCUACCAGUAUAUAAAGUUUGACCGGUAGAAGACUUGAGUAAAGUUUUAUUAAGUUGACAAUCAUUAGCAGCGGCGAGAAAAAAAAAUAAAUUAUUAGUCCACCCGGUGAUAGAGCUUCAGCGCAGUAUCUUCCAUUCAAGAUUACAGUGUUUCUACAAGCUCGGGUGAUACUGUAAUAACCAAAAGCAGCGAAAUGAUUGACAUCGGUGAUCCCAUGAAGGUGGAGGUGGCCAAGCUGGAUGAUCUACUGUGCAGAGACCCCUACCUCAACAAUCACGUAAGGGAAAUCAAACGGAGAUAUGGAUGCUUCAGAAAGUUGCUGGAACAAAUCGAUGGAGCAGAAGAUGGGCUGGAGAAGUUUUCCCGAGGGUACGAGAAAUUUGGACUUCAUGUUAACCCAGACAACAGCAUCACCUGCAUGGAGUGGGCACCUAUGGCACAAGGACUCUUUCUCAAAGGAGAUUUCAAUGACUGGAAUAAGCUGAGCCAUCCCUUUAAAAAACUUGAACAUGGUAAAUGGGAAAUAACAAUACCAGCAAACCCUGAUGGUUCCUGCCCCAUCAAGCACAUGUCACGGGUCAAGAUUGGCGUCUUGAAGUCAGGGAAUCAGAUAGGUCUGCUGACCCCAAAGGAUGUAAUGGAAGACAGAUUAUGCCCAUGGGCAUCAUAUGUGGUUCAGCCUCCCAAGACAGAGGGCAUAGCAUUUCACCAUCACUUUUGGAACCCACCACCUGAGGAGAGAUAUAUUUUUAAGCAUCCUCUGCCCCAUAAACCUGCGAGCUUGAGGGUGUACGAGUGCCAUGUUGGAAUUGGCACCGACCAGCUGAAAGUUGGGACAUAUAAGGAGUUUAGCAAGAAUGUUCUACCAAGGAUAGUUAAAUUAGGCUAUAAUGCUAUCCAGGUGAUGGCUAUCAUGGAGCAUGCUUAUUAUGCCAGCUUUGGCUAUCAGGUCACCAGCUUCUUUGCUGCCUCAAGCCGUUAUGGUACACCAGAGGAAUUGAAGGAGAUGGUUGAUACAGCACAUUCUAUGGGUCUGUAUGUCCUUCUGGAUGUGGUUCAUUCUCACGCCUCCAAAAAUGUGCUUGACGGCCUGAAUGAGUUUGACGGUUCGGACUCUUGUUACUUCCAUGGUGGCUCAAGAGGAACACACUCUCUUUGGGACUCCAGGCUCUUUAACUAUUCACACUGGGAGGUGCUGCGAUUCCUUCUCUCAAACCUGCGGUGGUAUCGUGAAGAAUACAAGUUUGAUGGUUACAGAUUUGACGGUGUAACCUCCAUGCUAUAUCACUCACAUGGUAUUGGGGAAGGUUUCAGUGGUGAUUAUAAUGAAUACUUUGGAUUGAAUGUGGACACAGAAGCUUUAACUUACAUCAUGUUGGCCAACUACAUGCUUCACCAACUCUACCCUGAGGUCAUUACUAUUGCUGAGGAUGUUUCUGGGAUGCCAGCUUUGUGUCGACCAGUUGAGGAAGGUGGUAGUGGCUUUGACUACCGCCUGGGAAUGGCAAUUCCUGAUCACUGGAUUAAGCUACUUAAGGAAAAGGCUGAUGAUGAUUGGGACAUGGGACACAUUUGUCACACCCUAGAGAAUAGACGCUACAUGGAGAAAACCAUUGCUUAUGCAGAAUCACAUGACCAGGCUUUGGUGGGGGAUAAAACAAUAGCUUUCUGGCUUAUGGACAAGGCGAUGUACACACACAUGUCCAAAUCAUCUCCUCCAACACUGAUCAUUGACAGGGGAAUGGCUCUCCACAAAAUGAUCCGCCUCAUCACACACGGUCUUGGUGGUGAAGGCUACCUUAAUUUUAUGGGUAAUGAGUUUGGCCAUCCUGAGUGGCUCGACUUUCCCCGGUUAGGAAACAAUGAGAGUUACCACUAUGCCAGGAGACAGUGGAAUGUGGUGGACAAUGGCCUCCUCAAGUACCAGUACCUCAAUAACUUUGAUUCUGCGAUGAACAAGCUAGAGGAGAAAUACGGUUGGCUUCAUUGUGAUCCAGGUUACACAAGCACUAGGCAUCAAGGUGACAAAAUCAUUGUAUUUGAACGUGGAAGCUGUGUCUUCGUCUUCAACUUUCACCCCAACAAGAGUUACAGUGACUAUAAGAUUGGUGUGGGUGCUAGUGGUAAAUAUAAGAUUGUUCUUGACACUGAUGCUGAGGAGUUUGGAGGUCACAAGCUGAUUGAUCAUAGUACUGAUUUCUUCACUCAAAAUGAAUCCUUUAAUAAUCGGCCAAAUUCCUUUAUGGUAUACAUUCCAAGUCGUGUUGGCAUCGUACUGGCAAAGGUUGAUUGAAGAAUGAAUCUCAACAUGUGUCAUGUGACAGUGGAUCAGUGAGAUGUGUAUGAGAGUUAAGGUAAUGUUGGAAUCUCUUUAGUAUUGUACAAAACAAAAUUUGCUUUUGUACUGGUUUCAACUCAGGCUUAUUAAGGAAAAGAUUUUGCAAUGGGUUAAUACUGUAAAUUAUAUUAAAAUUAAAACUUAAAAUUCUCAGAUACUGUUCUGUGCUUUCCAUCUGAAUGUUCUGUUGUCCGUCCCUAACUGAGCCUUUUUUUAUCACUUCUUUCUCCUGUUGGACUCCUAGUUUGUCCCUUUAGUAACCCUUGGUAAAGUACACCAUUCAAUGUAGCUUACGGAGUAAUAAUUUCUUUGUGCAGUAAAUAAAAGCAUUUUUAAUUUUUGGAUGACAACCAUUGUAUGGAACUUUUAAGCAAAAUAUGUGGGAGUGUUGUGUGAUGGGUAUUGAUGAUAUGAAAGUGAAGAAGUAUUGACUGUAUUUGUCAAAGUGUUAGGGUAAAACACUCACGCUCGGCUCUGUAGUAAAUGAUAAUAUAAAUGUACGUAAAUUGCUCAUGAUUUUAGAAAAUUUGGUUUAUAAUUUAGAAUGGUAGUUUUAGUCAUGGUAGUUUUAGUCAAAGAAUACCAUUACUUGAGGAAUUAGAAAAACUACAGUAAUUCUCGUACCUUUUGUGUAGUUACAUCGUGAAGCCCCUCACAAAAGGUUUAAAACUGGAAAGAUGUUCAUAUAAUACAUGUGUAAAAUUAAGGGUUAUGUCACAAAUCCAUCCUAAAAUAAUACACUAAUGGAAAAUAAAAAAAAUAAUGGUAGAACCUCAUACACUUAAAUUUCAUAAAUAAAAAAUAUUAUACACUCGAAGCUUCUUUUAAGAAUAAUUCUCCGGUAUAAAAUGAUAAAACUUAAUAACGCAUAAAAAGCCAUGAAGCUAGAUCUUGCCACUGAGUAGAUAUGGUCUUGUGUGUAAGAUAUUGUGCCUUAUUACUCAUCAUACAACAAGUUUGAUUUAUAAGUAAUUACUAAUUUUGGAACCCAUGCCAGUGUGGGAAAGGAUGUGUUAAGAUGAUGAUGCUGUUGUGGGGCUCGAGUACUGUACCUGUACGGAAAUAUUUUUUAUUACUGUAUUACCGUAAAUUAAAAUAGACACAUUGUUAUCUUCAGUUAGUUAUUCUCCGUUGGAAACACCAAAGCAAUAUUUUUUUAUCCUAAUCAUUGUGUGUGUUUGGGACUGAGUGUGAAAGGUAUGAGGGGAUCUGAAAGGUAAGAAACUAAUUUGCAAUUAUGUUGCUCAUGAAAGGUACAGCUGUGGCUGAUAAGUUCAAGAAAGGUGUGGGAAUUAUUGCACUGUAUAAGCACAAAGUAUUUUAUUAGGAAAAUAACAUUUGAAAUUGAGGUGUUGCUAUUUUUUUUAUGUACUGUACUGUAUUUAUAGUUAUUUUUACAUUAUUUUUCCUUCUACAGUAUUUUCAAUCAUAAAAUUUGUAGCUAUCAAUACAGUAAUACUGUUAUUUAUGGUACUGUAUGAGGGUAAUGGCUCUUAAGUCAUAUGUUCGUGCACAAACUUUUAUCAGAAAUAUUUCUCUUGUUGAAUUAGUUUACUCUUUGUAUCUAGAAUGUUGUUAAACAGGGAUAUAUGUGUGUGUGUGUGUGCACGCGUGUGCAUGUGUACAUGCAUGCGUAAAAGAUUGGAUCUCUAUAAGAAUCGCAGAAUGCAGUGGUGGUCCAUGGUGAUUUAGCUUUUCUCUUAAACCCCAAUAACCGACCACCAGUCACGACUACACAGUUUUUUGUUGCUUGUAGGGAAAGGUCUCUGUUGAUAAACACUUCCACUGCAUUCUAGCAUCUUGCAACUCAUAAAAAGAUCAAAUCUUUUACAUAUGUAAUGUUUAAUUUUGGGCCAAAUGUUUUCUAGUCUAUUUUAGAUGUUAUUUGGAGAUAUGUUCAAAGAUGUUACAUAUACAUUGGAUAUUGAUCAUUGUAGACAAGUUUGUGCUGACAGUUUUUGUGCAGUUCUAACCAGUUUGUUUAGUUACAUAAUCUUAGUAACAUUUUCUUACUGAAAGUUAAUGAUACAGUAUUGUCAAGGUAUGUUAUUGUCUUCCACAAUUAGUUCACUCUCACCAAGCAGUCAGUUAUAUAACAAAAAAAAAAUUAUAAAGCACUGUUCUGUAUUUCAAUUGUAUGGAAAUUCAUUUGAAUACAAUAUAAGCUAAGAAAGUAUUGUCUAGUGCUUGGUUAAAAUGUGAUAUUAAUCCCUUCCUCAUCACAGACCUGAACCAUAGUUUGUGUACUGUACCACACAUAACAAUGGGGUUAAAAGUGAGAUUUGAUGUAUCAAAAGAAAGGGUUUACUAGGGUAGGUCCCCCAUAUUUUGUUUCUGUUAGAUAAACUAAUAUGAACCUACUGAAAACUUGUUAUAGGCUGUUGUUUCUCUUGUUAAAUUUAGAGAGUUUAAGAAAUAAAAUUGUGAUAUUUGUGAUAUAUAAUAAUUUGUGUAGAAAAAAUGUACUGUACUGUGUGGAACUCAGUUUUAAUAUCUUGACAUUUUUUCAUAGGUAAAGGAGCACAUAAUCUUAGGGACCACUGUAACAUAUUUAUUGUAAUGCCUAAAAUUUUCUGGUUUGGUCUGAAACUAAACCAAAUGAAAUACGUACUGAUAAAUGUGCUUACAGUUACCUGUUCUAAAUGUUUUUAUUUUAUUUUUUUAUUGUUAUACAGGUAAAUUAGUUUAUUUAAUUCAGAAUUUUAGUCUGUAAACAUCACUGCAGUAUGUACUUCCUUCAUGUUAAUUACUUUAAUUGUUUGUUUUCGUGUUUACAAAUAGAGUGAAUGGAAGUAUCUAUUCAGGAGACAGAUAACGAGUCUUUGGGCAAUAAUUAAUUGGUGAAGAAUUGGACCUUUAAUAUUUCCUCAUUUUUCUGUGUUACAAUAUGUGAUGUGCAGAGGAAACAAUUCUAAAGAAACCAGCUUAAAAGUAUGUUGCCUGACAUUGAAGGGUGUACAGUACAGUACAGUACAGUAUUAAGAUUCCAUAUCAGAUCAGGAAUAAAUAUAUUUUAUACUGUGUAAUUUAUUUUUAGAAUAAUGGCAAUAUCUAUGAUGUAAUGGAAAAUGAGAUUGAGUUACUUAUUAUUUUGUAUGGGCCAUUUUCUUCAGAGUAAUAAAGACCAUUGUUAUCACCAAAUGUCAUUUGUUAAUGCUCUGCACCUUGUUCUGAUAAAAAAAGGUUUCAUCUCAAGUGUGCUGCAUUGUAUUAUUGCAUUAAAAGCUGUUCAAUAUAAGUUUUUAGAAAAGGGUGAAGAUUCAAAAAAGAUAUUUUGAUAAAAGUGGCCUUGACAAAUGUAGAAAUGCAUGUAAAAAUCAAUAAAAAUAUAUAGAAAUAUG